CAUCAUAAUGUAGUGACCGUCUUUUCUGGAGAAUUAUGGCGAAUUAUCGACCUUUUUCUGAGCGAUCUAAGUGCUCUGUUGCAUCAAUGAACACUCAUCAGUGAUAAGGAUUAUUCAAAGCUACGUUAUUGUACACAAAUUGCUCCAGAUUGGAACAUUGAAGUUAAGACGACUGCGCAUUUCAGGAAGAAAAUUAGCACUCGUCGGGUUUGAUUCAAAGACGAAUCUUCUUAAACUUCUUGCUGAAAGAAUCAGUGCAAAAGGAAAUUUGUGAGUCUGAAAAGAAAUGGAUGACAGACAUCGGAAAAUAUUGCUCACGUGUUGGAAAAAGCUCAGAAAAGACUUGGAACCAAAGAAACUAUAUCCUUAUUUAACAGAAGUAUUGAACUACUCAGACAUCGAAGAGUUGAAAGCGAUAUCCCUAAGAGAGGAUUGCGUAGACAAGCUACUAGAACAGCUUCCCCGAAAAGGGCCAAAAGCUUUUGGCAUCUUUGUGAAAGCUCUGCAAGAAACACAGGCACACUUGGCUACAACUUUGCGAGAUGCAGAGGUGGAAAUGAUGUCGGAAGAACUGACAGUAGAAAGAGCGAGUAGUGCGAAGAGAAGAAACGAAGCUGAUCAAGUUAAAGCAGCUUUGAAACAAGAGCAAAAAAAACAUGAGGUAACGCAGAAGAAACUCGGAGAAAUAACGAGUCGCUACGAAGCGCUGAUGACUGAGAACGAGAAAUACGAAACAGACGCCUUUGAUAACACACAAUGGCGACACACCCGUGUCACUGAAAUCCACAUAUUGUCAAUAUAUAAAGACGUUAGUGAAUUGUGGAGAGAGCUAGGUACUCUCUUAGAGUUACCACCGGCUGAGGUUCGUAAUUUGGAGAAUGACUGCAGUUCGUGCAGUGAAAGGGCGUGGAAAGUGAUGGAAAGGUGGCUACAAGUGAAGGGAAGUAGGGCAACGCUGGGAAUUCUUACAGACGCCCUUGAGGAGAUAGGAGUGAGAAGUGCUGUCGAAAUACUGAUGGAGAACAAGUCAAAGACGUUACCUUUAAACUCGAAUAUCUACAAAAGAGAUCAGAUGAGAUGGAGAAAGAAAAAGAGGAACAGAAGUCAAAGCUUGAUGCAAAGGAGCGAGAAGUAUCUGAUCUCAAAAACCAGUUAGAGAGAGUUUCGAAAGAACUUACGAGAAAGAAUGACGAGUUGAGAAAAUAUUUAGAGAGUGAAGGGGCCGGAAAUAAUUAGGAGCGACUGAUAUGAACGAACAUUGUAUGUAUGUCUAAAUUUAAUCUUUAGGGAACCCUUUCAUUAGCCCUUAUACUCCCAAGAUUUAGGUAUAUUUAACUUUUCGUUACAAUGUCAAAAGAUUAUCCCAGACAAGUGAUGGUCGAGUUUUUAACACUUUAAUAGGCACUUUUUGAAUGGAUAACUUUUUCUUAAGAGUUUCAAAACGCAGUACGCAGCAAAGUUAUGACAAAGAUUUUGAUAACGUGGAUAACAGCUAUGUGGGAUUUUGGAGCAUCCUUCCUCAUUACAUAAAUGCGCCAGGGAGCCGCCAAGAAAGUAGGGCUGGAGGUCUGUACAUCUGAUAUUUGAUGAUCUCGAGGACUAGGAUGUUCUGAACCUGACGGUUGUCUGAAGUGAAAAUUCUACUGUUCUUUGAAGUGCAUGCCACAGUAGAGCAUAGGACCACGAAAUCGCGGGAAUCAUGUGAGGCUCAAAUUCCAGUGUGGGACUAAGAUUUGUUUCAAUGUUGCAAGCUCGAGAUAAAUUUAAAAGAUGUCUCUUCGGGUUCUUUUGUGAUUUAACCCUUUUUUCAAGGAUAGAAGUCUUAAAAUGGUUGUUUAGUUUCCUGAUAUCUGAAGUAUAUGAACAGGAGGUGAUGUAUCGAUCUAUCACUCGAUUGAUCUAUCAAUGCUUAUGAGAAGUUAUAGCAAAUAUAAAAUGCUUACAUAUCCCUGACACAAGCCUUAUAAUUAAGAGGUUUAUCUUACUUUCGGGGUUCACCAGAGAAACUUUUCAUUCGCUUAAUUUUUUUCAUUAAAACAGGUGUUUUUCGCUGCACAAACGAUUUUGAGAAAAAUGGAGUUAUCUAUGCGAUGGGUUCGAGCUUUCGAACUACUCGUUGGAUAAAUCCCAGAAAGAGUGAUCUCGUGACAAGAGUAACUAUCACAAGAUCCUCUCACAAACUAGGCUCGGCGAGUGAUCUGUUUGAUAAUUCUUAUAAGUCGGGGAUGGAAAGCGGCACCAACGAUGACAAUGGAUCAUGGU